GGAGCCGGCGCGCCGCGGCCCCCAGGACUCGCGCGGCCCCACUGCCUGGUACCCGCUGACCAUGAACAAGAUGAAGAACUUUAAGCGCCGCCUCUCCCUAUCCGUACCGCGCACCGAGACCAUUGAGGAGUCCUUGGCCGAGUUCACAGAGCAGUUCAACCAGCUCCACAACAGGCGCAAUGAGGACCUGCAGCUCGGGCCUCUUGGCAGAGACCCCCAGCCAGAGUCCAGCACCUUCUCCCCGACAGACAGCGGGGAGGACGCUGGGCAGCCGUCCCCUGGCAUGCAGUACCGGCGGCAGAACCGGCGCCGCUUCUCCAUGGAGGACAUCAGUAAGAGGCUGUCUCUGCCCAUGGACAUCCGCCUGCCCCAGGAAUUCCUGCAGAAGCUACAGCUGGAGAGUCCAGACCUGCCCAAACCGCUCAGCCGCAUGUCCCGCCGAGCAUCCCUGUCAGAUAUCGGCUUUGGGAAACUGGAAACAUACGUGAAACUGGACAAACUGGGGGAGGGUACCUAUGCCACAGUCUUCAAAGGGCGCAGCAAGCUGACGGAGAACCUUGUGGCCCUGAAGGAGAUCCGGCUGGAGCAUGAGGAGGGGGCGCCUUGCACUGCCAUCCGAGAGGUGUCUCUUCUGAAGAACCUAAAGCACGCCAAUAUUGUGACCCUGCAUGACCUCAUCCAUACGGAGCGGUCUCUCACCCUGGUGUUUGAGUACCUGGACAGUGACCUGAAGCAGUAUCUGGACCACUGUGGAAACCUCAUGAGCAUGCACAAUGUCAAGAUUUUCAUGUUUCAGCUGCUCCGGGGCCUUGCCUACUGCCACCGCCGAAAGAUCCUGCACCGGGACCUGAAACCGCAGAACCUGCUCAUUAGUGAGAGGGGGGAGCUGAAGCUGGCUGACUUUGGACUGGCCCGGGCCAAGUCAGUGCCCACGAAGACCUACUCCAAUGAGGUGGUGACCCUGUGGUACAGGCCCCCUGAUGUGCUGUUGGGGUCCACAGAGUACUCCACCCCCAUUGAUAUGUGGGGCGUGGGCUGCAUCCACUACGAGAUGGCCACGGGGAGGCCCCUCUUCCCCGGCUCCACGGUCAAGGAGGAGCUGCACCUCAUCUUCCGACUCCUGGGGACCCCUACGGACGAGAUGUGGCCCGGCGUGACCGCCCUGUCGGAGUUCAGAGCCUACAAUUUCCCGCGGUACCUCCCGCAGCCGCUCAUCAGCCACGCUCCCAGGUUGGACACUGACGGCAUCCACCUCCUGACCAGCCUCCUCCUGUACGAAUCCAAGAGCCGUAUGGCCGCAGAGGCAGCCCUGAGCCACCCCUACUUCCGGUCUCUGGGAGAGCGCGUGCACCAGCUUGAAGAUACGGCGUCCAUCUUCUCCCUGAAGGAGAUCCAGCUCCAGAAGGACCCGGGCUACCGGGGCCUGGCCUUCCAGCAGCCAGGCCGAGGGAAGAGCCGGAGGCAGAGCAUCUUCUGAGCCGUGCCCACCCUGCUGCGGCCCCAGGAGCCCCAGGGACGAGAGGUCACAGCGAGCACAACGGCACAACGGCGGGCAGGAUGGGGCCUGCGUGGCCCUGGGAGGACUGAGGAACAAGGGCUCAUGGCUGGCCCAGAAGACCUCUUGGCAGCCAUGCUGGCCACGGCUGUUUCCUCUUCCUGCUUCCCACAAGUCUCCCCUGUGGCCUUCACCUCGACACCAACCCCUCUGUCGUCAGCCCUGGAGCUGGGCUUGAGCUGCUUUCCUGGGGAGAGAUGAGGAGGAGGGGAGGGGGGGACCGCAGACCCUUUCCCACCCUUAGGUGC